AGUGGAAACAUCUGCUUGUCCACUGCUAGUCUGUGUGGUAGGUCUGGGUUUCCUGGUGGAAGCAGAAGUUUCAGUGAGCUUUUUUUUUUUUUUUAGCAUCUGUCAGAAGCAGAAAUGCCUCAGAUCCAAAAGAAGGCAGGCAGUUGAAAGUAGACGCUCAAGUGUCUGGAAUGGUGAAGGAAGCCGAGACUUCCAGAGGAGAUCCAGCUGGAUAAGGAGAAGAAGAAUACUUCCCCAAUAACAUUGGAAAUGAAUUCUCUUUUUGGAGAUAAAAUAUGUAAUAAUGGAUGUACUUUUCCACAAUGGGCAAUACUUGUGGCAGCUGGUGUUGUCUUCUUGAUGCUGUUGGCAAUUGUUGUCCUCUCCAUAUGCCUGUGCCGGGUCUGUAAAAGAGUGAAGAAGCUAAAACUGUCAGAGGGUAUGUCAGAAAACACCUUUGAAGCUGACGUGCAUUAUGCUGAAUUACAGAACCUUCCGGACUCCAGCAGGGGACAAUGCGAUGGGGGAACCAGCCCAGACACGCAGGCCGUUCAGAACAGUGACUAUGCAACAGUGGCUGUGCUGAAGGAAGUUCCCAGCCAGGAAAAUGUUGUCAGUGACCAGCCAAAAGAGGACAGUGGGGUGAAGGAUGGGGAGGGGGAGGACCAUAUAUCUGUAGAAGCAGAAUGAGUUUCAUGUGGCUUGGAAUAAGGGAGUCAGCCAAGGGGAAGAAGCUUUGUGUAUUCCAAGUGGAUGGUAAGUCUCUUGCACUAACAUUUUCCUUCUCAAGAAGCCCAAUUCUAUAGCUAUAUUGUUUAUGCAUGUUUAGUAUAUAUUCAUAUAUCGUCUGCAGGUCU